UACACAGCAACCACAGAAGAAUUGCUCCUCUAGAGUGAAAGACAUCUUGCAUCAUCUGAAAAUGAGAUCUCUCUGCAUUGUUUUGGUGCUGUGUGUGUGCAGUGGUGCACUAGGCGUGCAGGUUAAGGUUGGAGACAGGAGCUUCCCCUUGGAGGCAGUGAAGCAGCUGAAGGAGCUGAUGGAUUUAAACGACAACGUCAGCCCUCACCUCGCCGAGACGAGCGUCACAGCUGUUUGUGCCAACCCUCUCCUGCCACAGGUCUUCCGGACAGUUUGCCAAGGGAAGGGAACAGGCAUUGUUUUCUCCAGACUAGUGUAUAUCAUCACGCCUUCAGAUCCUUGUGAAAUAUGUGCCAAUCCCUCCUGCUUUGGGUGUCUGAACUGAGGCUGCCAUCUGCCAGACACACAAACACAUCGACUAAGAGUCUCUGGGUGCUUCAUCCUCCAUGGUUCCUCCACAUUUUUGUGUAUAAGACAUCCACGGACAUGGACAAAACAUCUCCUGUCACCCAGCAACUGAGUUGAAUGGCCGUCAAGGCUCAAUGGUCAAGAUCCUGGAUCAUAAAAGUUACAUAAACCCCCCUGAUUUAUUCAUCAUUUUCAUAUGUUUUGGUAGUUGCAGUUCAUAUAUACAUAGCCCCUUGCCUGUUAAGUUUAAAAACUCACAGCUGUUCUAUUUGAAUAUUACUUUGAUGUCUUCAACUUGCUUCCAUAUUGAACUUUUAAUUUAUUGAAUCUAAUGCAGCUUCUUAAUAAUAAAAAUAUGUAUUCCUUGCA